ACAGCCCAGACGUCACAGCCUGCCGUUAGCCACAGUUCAGGUCAGUCGACUUUCUGCGCAGACGAUCUGACCGGAAGUCCACUGGGCCUGGAGCACCCGGUUUCUCGCCUCUGCUGGCGACACGUUUGCUGUCGUUUCGGUUUUUCAACUCUCAAGUGCGUCGUAAUCAUCAAGGGCGGAGGUAGACGGAGCCGCCGUCAACGUCUCGUCCGUGACGCCUGACCGUCCACCGCCACGCUGUUUAUCUGGAGGGGCCUUAUCAGUUGUCCACGCGGCGAUCGAUCGACCUGAUCGUCAUCCCAGUGUGCGAGGAUGGAGAAGAAGAGGACGGACUGUCCCGCUCUGCCGCCCGGAUGGAAGAAAGAAGAAGUGAUCAGGAAGUCCGGACUCAGCGCCGGCAAGAGCGACGUCUAUUAUUACAGUCCCACUGGGAAGAAGUUCAGGAGCAAGCCUCAACUGUCCCGUUACCUGGGGAACUCCGUGGAUUUGGCAUGCUUCGACUUCAGGACGGGGAAGAUGAUGCCGGGGAAGCUGCAGAAGAACAAACAGAAAAUGCGACAUGACACACUUAACCUGACAAAGGGCGGUAAACCAGACCUGAACACAGCUCUGCCCAUCAGACAGACGGCGUCCAUUUUUAAACAACCUGUCACCAAGGUUACAAGUCACCCUGGAAACAAAGUCAAGUCGGAUCCUCAGAGAACAAGUGAGCAGCCAAGACAGCUGUUUUGGGAACGGAGACUGAAAGGUCUGAGGUCGUCUGACGUGUCGGAGGAAGUCCUGCGGACCAUGGACCUGCCCAAGGGCCUUCAGAGUGUUGGUCCAGACUCAAAUGAUGAAACUCUGUUGUCGGCCAUCGCCAGCGCUCUGCACAUGAGCUCCUCACCCAUCACUGGUCAAACGUCUGUGGCUGCUGAAAAGAACCCAGCCAUCUGGCUGAACACGUCUCAGCCCCUAUGCAAAGCGUUUACCAUCACUGACGAACACAUCCGGCAGCCUAAGACAGAUAAGAUGGGGAGCAGACCCAUGCAUCCUGGGUAUAACGGCAGUAAUCAGUGGCAGGGAGAGUGGAGGAUGAGAGGGUGAUGAGAGCAGGAGCAGGCGAUGAGAGAUGUGAGUGAUGAAGCGUGGAGUCGUAGGAGGAAGCCGAGGAUGAAGACAAGCAUCUCUGCAGUCACGCUGGGAGAUUUACUCCAAAGAGAAGAUGAACAAUAGCAUGAUGGGACAGCAGGUUUGUGGAGAUAACCAACUAGAACGUAUAAAAUCACGCGUAGAUAGAAUAUCUGGUAACAAAGAGCACCGUGUCCACAACAGACUCGCUGUGAUUUAUCCUCCCUUUUAAAUCUGUUCUGGGGUAACAUGGAACGUGAAAUCUAUUGACAUAUAGUGGCCUGCGUGCAGGCAGUGAUGUGAAAACAGCUCUUCUUCAUUGCCUCGGCGUGCUGAGAGACGAACAAGUCAACAGCAGAAGUAGAAAAGUUAAACCAACACAGAAGAGGAUGCUGGUUUCACACACACUAUUAUUUGUCACAGAUGUUCCGUUGAAAAGCCACAGGCCCAUAAAUAAACGAAAGAAUCUUUCGUAUCAAUGAGUGAAAUGUAGUUCCGCAAGCAGCGAAUAUCUUCCUGUAAUCAUGAUUCUUUUGGGGAUUUUACCGAUAAAAACACACCUAAACACACUAUACUACUCCAUGUGGCUUGCUGUGUUUGUUGUUUCUUGUGCUCCUUCCACUUUGUUUUAUCACCUACAUGUAUGAUCAUGCCUGGUUUGGAGGAGGAGCUAUAUGUGUGUGGUGUGCAGCGUUGAGCUUAUUGGGCCCAUCAGAUUUAGCAUUUGUGUGUGGGCUCUCUGAAAAAAAAGAAUAUUAUAUAUGAAUAUUACUAAAGAUUUUGAAAAAUCGAAUGUGUCUGGAGCCCUUAGGGACCUUUCUCUCAGCCGCACUGUUGCCCCUCUGCUUAUGCCACCCUUGAAUGAAACACAGUACAACAGGACAGGAAGUUGAGACUGCAGUGUAAAUUUUUCAAAUGAAAGUAUUUCCAGAGGUUUCUCACAUUUGCUGAACACAAUGUAAAAUUCUUAUUACAUUCCAGAGCUGUGCACAGUUAUAUACUAUAUACAAGAUUCAAGUAGCUAACAAGUGCAGUUUAUAAACAUUUUAUCUGGAAAAUUCCUGAAAAUGAGUGAUGGUAAUUUAAUGUAAGACGGGGAAGUAGAAGAAUGUUGAUGCGCCACCAUCAAAACCAUUCGGUGAUGUGAAGGACCUCAAUGUUUUGUAUUUGGAAGAUAGAUCAAGUAGAUCUAAACUAACCACAGUGUGAUGCUAAAAUGAUCUGCCAUUGAUGAUGGGUAGAUGAGGUUUCAUGAAACUGUCUUAAUUUCCAGAAGCUGCUAGAUGGCGCUACCUUCUCUAUAAUGUUUGGCUUUGAAAAAGUAUGCCAAUAAAACCUCUCACUAUUACUUAACCAAGAGCACCACCUAGUGGCCACUGAAAAUUCAGAUACUUUUCAUCAAUACUGUUUCAUGAUACCUCACCUACCCAUCACUCGCCUUCAAUAAUUCUAUUGACACUGAUAUUGGAUCAGGAUUAAACUACUCUUCUUACCAAAGAAUGCCAUGCAAGAGACUGUACAAUGAAUCUGACUUUUGGUAGCGUAAAAGUUAUUUGUAUUUAAACAUCUAUAUUUGCAUCCCACUGCACUGUCAAACACAAAAUAAUCCCACACAGCCAGCAGCACUCGAGCAUAAGUGCUAAUAUUGACUUGCACAUCCAAGAAACCUAUUAAUUUUUUGUAAACACAAUUGUGAUUGCCAUCGAUUGGAGCGCUAUUGAUCCAGUCACUCUCUAAUAGGGUGAUGAUACUGAAGGACAUUAACAUCCAAAUUUGCAGAGCAUCUCGCCAGCUUCCUCGCUGAUUUACUUCUGCUGCAGCUUGUCAUGUUUCUUUUUAAAAUGCAGCGGAGCUUAGUAGUACGACUCUAAACUGUCCACUUCAUGUUCAUACUCACAUUAAGCCUGGUGCAUGUGAACACACAAUAUUUAAAUGGCUGACAAUAAUAUAUUUGGUGUUUUUUUUUUUUUCUCUCAUUGCUCUCUCAAUUGUCAUUUGAUUUUAAAACCGAACUCAAGUUACCAUAUAAAUAAAUAUAUACAUUUUGACAAUGGUAUGUAUCGUGCUUUGUGUGUGAUAAUGUAUGUCCAGUAAACAUAUUUUUUAAUGUGCAAUUCCUGACUUAUGCCAUGCAAAGCGAUGCGUCUGUUUUAAGUUAACAUUUUGUCACCUUAUGGUUUCAAGGACUUCAAAUCGGCUUCUUCUUCUUUCAGUAUUUCCCAUCAGGCCAGGGCCACAAAUGAAUGAAAAUUAAAUAACAAUUGAUACCGGCCAAUAGGGGGCAGUGUUGCUUCAUAUGCGCACAUCCUCGUGUGUGCCUGUGCGAUUAAACGUGUGUGUGAGUGUGUGUCCGGUGGAAGUGGGAGCACAGACAACAGCUGGCCAAAGCCAUUACUGCAGAAUCACUGGACUACUACAUCCUCUCUGUUCCCCAUCCUGUUGUUUCCUCUCAUGCCUCCUUCCUUCAUACUCCCCUUCCUGACAUUUCUCUCCCAAUUUUGCACUCAGUGUGUUUUCACUAACCGAUUUCUGCUCUGUCUUCAUUUAGGAAUGCACUUCAUUCUACUCUCGUCCUGCAGAUGCUUUAAUUUUUUUGGUUUAAUCUCCUUCCAUCUCUAUCUCUCUUUUCUAUUUCAACCACCCCCGCCCUCCUGCCUCCCUUGUCUCCUCCUUCUUCCCUUAUCUUUCUCCUUCAUUAAUUUCCAAUUCUCUUCCCCCCUUCUUCUCUCCAGCUGAAUGUGCUUGUCAUCCUAAAUCGCCCUUGUUCCUCUCACCUACCUCUGUUUUCGGAUUCACAUUCUGUCUUAUCCUCGCCUCCUAUUUCACUGCCACUGAACUAUUCAGCUGUGCCACCUCCAGCUAUGGUGCCGCCGUUUCUUUUUGUUUUACGCUGACCACGAGAGCAGCCCUGUGUUUGGAACAUGAAGAAAUCUUUGUUGAAUUUCAUUGAAGUUGUUAGCUACCUAGAAAAUAGCUGUCUCUGUGGGUCACAUGAUGAGCAUGCUAGUGUUUGGUGGACUUUAAAGAAUUACAGAAUUUUGAGUCGACCAUGCAUUUGAUUGUGUGGAGGGGCCACAUGAAUAGACAUGGCGGUCCAGGUUUGGCCCCUGGGCUGUGAGUUUGACACCUGUGCUCUAAGUGAUUCAAAGGAUGGCUCAGUGGCACGUUUCAAAUGUGUUACUUGCAUGGAGCCACCAGUUUUUGCUCUGAUUUACUUGCCAUCCCAUGAUGAUACUCAAACAUUGCUCAUACUAAACAGUACUAUUCAUGGACAGAUUCAUAUCUUUGUGCCAUGUUCAGACUCAUAUCAUUUCAUGACUCUGAGGUGUUUAAAGUUUACAUCUUAAAAGUGUGAAAGCUUCAGAAGUUUUCAUUUUAACAUCUAAUGAGUGAACACGUAAGAAUCUAUUUGACAAGAUACCUCUCAUUUAAAGUUGAGCCGUUGAAUGGCUGAUGAAGUCGAGGCCUUCAAACACUUUCAUCCAAAGGGAUCAGAGACAGAGAUUGCUGCUCUGAUGUUUUCCCUGGUAUUUACUUUGGUGUGUCUCUCUAUUUUGGGGAUGAAUGACAAUUGUAUUUUCUUCCUCCAUUUAGACCAACAUUAUGAUGGUUUUUAAUUCUGUGACAUUUUACGCCGGAUGUUAGAACAACACAAGGAAGUUAGGAAAAUGAAUAAAUAGCAGAACACUCAUCUGUUUUUUGGCAUUUUCCCUUGGGUAUUCUCCUGAGUCACACCUCUGUUCUUCAUGUCUUCCUCUCUCGCUUCUAUCCCUCUGAUACGUGUCUUUCUAAUCUUGUUCACCUCUAGUCAACUCUUGGCACUUCCAACUCUGGUUCUUGUCUUUGUGUCAGAGCUUCGGUCUCUAGGCCUUACAUCAUGUCAGGCCUCCCUGCCUGCACUCUCUUCUUCACCUCCUGUGAUCAGGCCAUUACAGACUGGUGUUCAAGGAACGU